ACGACCCCAAUCAAAUUAAGCAAAAGUAACAAUAGGCUCCUCUCUCCUCCUCGCCACCCUAUUGAACAGGACCCGCCCUCGGGGCUCCUCGCCUGACCUCGGCCCCCUUUGACCUCAGCCCGCCCCGGGCUCCUCUGGCAGCGCGCGACGCUCUCGGAUCUCCGGCUUCCAAGUCUCCUCCUCCUCUUCCAUAAGCAACCGAAAGGGAACCGGAGUCGAGAGCUCGGCCGGCCCUUGGAGGAAGUGGAGCGGGGUGGAGAGCGGAGAGGAAGGGGCCACGGGGUCGCCCCUGGGAAGGGAAGGAAGCAGCAGCCCCGCCUGGGGGGCGUGAGCAGCUGCUGCAUCACUUUCGUUUGUGCAUUUUCCUCUAACGAGGCUUGCUCAGGAAAAAAACAACAAUGUCCAAAGAAGAAGAGGCAGCCGCUAGGAUCUCCAAAGACCAGGAUCGAGGAUGGGCGUGGGUGGUCUUAGUAGCCACCGUGAUUGUUCAAGGGCUAACGCUGGGCUUCCCUUCAUGCACUGGGGUCUUCUUCAAGGACCUGCAGCGUGAUUUCCAGGCUAGCAACAGCCAGACAUCGUGGUUUCCUUCCAUCAUGACAGCUGUGCUCCAUGCAGGGGGGCCUCUCUGCAGCAUUUUGGUAGAACGAUUUGGCUGCAGGACCACUGUGAUGCUUGGAGGCCUUCUCAGCGGGGUGGGCAUGGUUGCCAGUGCUUUCUCCAAGUCCAUUAGUCACCUUUACAUAACAGCAGGAUUCAUCACAGGCUUGGGGUCAUGUUUCAGCUUCCAGGCUGGAGUCACUGUGCUUGGCUACUACUUCAUACGCCGUCGAGCCCUGGCCAAUGCUCUGGCCUCCACAGGUGUCUCCAUUGGCCUCACACUCUGGCCACUGUUCUCCCAGUACAUGCUUGACGAGAUGGGCUGGAGAAACACUUUCCUCAUCUUUGGCGGGGUGCUGCUGAACUGCUGCGUUUGUGGGGCUGUGAUGAGGCCGGUGGUGCCAGACCAGCUGCCUGCCCCAUUAUUGAAGCCCUACCCUGAACAGCCACCUGAAGGGGCCUAUUUGUCUAAUGGAAACACUGUGCAUCCUGAAAAGGAGCUGCCCCGGCCCAGGUGUGCCGCUUGCAUCCAGACCCUACAGAAGUACCUGGCUUUUGACGUCUUCUGCAAGAACAAAGGCUAUCAGAUCUACACCAUUGGCGUGUCUUGGAUGGUGAUGGGUUUUGUGCUGCCCCUCAUCUACCUGGUGCCUUACGCCAUCUUCAAUGGAGUGCCGGAGCGCAAGGCAGCCCUGCUCAUCUCCAUCAUUGGGUUCAUCAACAUAUUCAUGCGCCCCAUGGCGGGCCUGCUCUCAGGCCUCAACGUCUUCACUGGCCGGAGGAUCUACCUCUUUAGCCUGGCUGUCCUCCUCAACGGCCUGAGCAACCUCAUCUGCGCAAUCUCAGCUGACUACACCGUCCUUGUCUUCUACUGCUUGGUCUACAGUGUCUCCAUGAGUGUCAUCGGUGCUCUUCUCUUCCAGGUGUUAAUGGAUGUGGUAGAGAUGGACAGGUUCUCCAGUGCCUUGGGUCUCUUCACCAUCUUGGAGAGUGUCACCAUUCUCAUUGGACCCCCUCUUGCAGGUCUUCUUGUGGAUAUCACGGGCCACUAUAGUUACGUCUUCUAUGCUUCCACCUUCUUCAUGGUAACGUCUGCUCUCUUCAUGGGUCUUAGCUUCUGCACUAUGAAAGCAAAGAACAAACUGAAAGAGACCCAUAAGCUGCUAUCCCCAGAGGUCCCCUCCAGGGGAAAAUACAUGGAAGUGCCAACAGAACAGAGGCCAAACAGAAAUGAUCCUCCUGCAGUCAUCUAUAUAACAAGCAUCUGAGUCCAGAUGAGCUGGAGGGACAUUGGAUUUCUCACAAAUGAAAAAUAUCUGGAAACAGAAGGGGGAAAAACAAGUGCCUCAUUUUUCUGGUUCUCCCGUCCUCCCUACUGCGACCUCCUACUCAGCUGUGCUGGGCUCAUAUGAAGGAUCUAGGUCAGAGGAUAUGAACUCAAAGCUAUCCAGAAAUCUAAAGAGCACUUUAAACAAAACAUACAUGGUGUAAGCCAUGGGGCCAAAGAGGGACAUUGCCCUGUGGCAACAUCUGUAUUAUUACUUGAAGCUUAAUAAUUUUUAUCACCAGGUUUUCUUUAUACAUUCCAGUUUUUCAAGCUGGAAGGAUUUCUUCACCCACUGGGUUAUAUGAAUGACAAUGGAACCUGUAGAGAAGGGCAAGUAAUAGUUAUGCGGGACUUGUUUCCGAACAUGUCCAUUUGCCACACUUAAACAGAGCA